AUGACAUCCCUCAAACAAUUAGCGCACCUUGGAUUUGAUCUGGCGCUGAUAUCCAUGAUUUUAGCAGGACUGCGCCGCAAUACUGGUCUGGUUUUGGCCUACGAGCAUUCGGAUCUGAAAAAUUAUAUAAGACGGUAUUUAGACUGGGGCGAUGCCAUGUACAGCAGACUGGUCCGGAUUGCACAGCGAAGCAAGUAUUUCAGGAAAGAGACGCCGCUGGAUGGCUUUUUGGAUGGAGUUUUCAAACGUGUUGAAGAAGUGGGACGGGGCCCUGCAAGAUCUGUUCAUCGGGAACAGAAUGAAUAUCUGCAAAAGCAUUAA